GAGUGCAGCACCAUAUCAUACAAGUACAAGAGAGGCCCACAUGUCAAAAAGGAUCGCCGCGAACCUAGAGCCCCGAGACUGCCCUACAUAUUCACCAUCCACUUGCUCCAAGAGGAGAGAGAGCCUAGGCGUUAUUUACGGCAGCCUACCAGGUACCGGUGCUGUAGGUUCCCCCUGCAUCGUCGAAGUUCCUCGAGUGCUCGAGCACAUUUGGACCCCUGAUGCCCCUUGAACUCUCGCUCCGAAAAUAAAUAAAUGAGAGAUACAAACUCGACCGUGUAUCAUACGAGUACUGGUACUUGUACCUGUACCUAAAUUUAUAUGAUACCCGAGUACCAACCUGCAACUGCCCGAAUACCCACAAUCAACAUUGCGCUCCAUUGUAAAGACUCUUUUUUUUUCUUCUUCUUCGGAACAUCCCGCUCCUUCCGGUGUCAUUUUCACUUCUUUCCCCUUUUCGGGCACAAGAACCCCUUACUGCGGCCUGCAGUCCUGUGUUACCGCUCAACACCAUUACCGGUACUCGAGUACUCGAGUACGGUUCGGGAGCACGCGGGGAAUUCAUAAAUUCGGCGAACCCCUGACACCAAGAACUGCUAACCUUGCAGACAUUCGCUCCAAACCCUUGCGCAUCUACCAAUCUCACGGCGUUUAUUGUACGGCAUUCCAUCUUGUUCCUUUUUUGGAGCGUUUCCUCGGCGCGUUUGCGCCUCUGCCGGCACUGUCCUGUACCGUACUCGUACAGACCAAAAGGGCAGAUUGUCGUACGGGAGGAAAAACGAUUGGGGAAGGAAAAAAAAAGAGUCGGUCUUCUGACUUGGCCACCUUCCGUCAUCUCCAAGGGCAUAGCCAUCUCGGUCGCAACGAUCAAUCUGACUCAAACAAAUCUCCAUGAAUUCUCGAUGGAAGCGAAGGAAAAUAACAGCUCAAGAAGAUCCCCAGCGGCAAGCAAUAAGGCAGAACGACGGAGAAGCCCCGCUGAUGGCCGUCAAGGGAUCAAGGGUGACGAUAGGGAUACCAAUGCGAACGAACGGGGAUCCGAGAGCCCCAACACCCCAAAGCUAUACCAUACUUUGACCGCUUGCACCCGGUGCAGGAGUGUAAGGGCCUACCGCUAUUUGUUUGUUGUACUUGAAGUCGGUUUUCUCACUAUUGUUCGCAGCGAAAAACUCGCUGUGAUGCAGGCCUGCCGAAAUGCGGACCAUGUGAGCGGAGUGGCGCGCACUGCGAAUUCUUUGAUUCGACGAAGCAGAAAACGAUCCCAAGAAGUUAUGUCGUCCAUCUGCAAAAUAAGGUCCAAGACUUGGAGGAGCAGAUAAGGGUCAGGGAGGCCCUUUUAGUUGAAACCGACGCUCCAAACAGUGAGGAACUCGUCAGGGGAGUCGGCCUGGUAAACUUUGCCGACUACGAGCAUUACAAAGAGCCACGAUAUGUGGGCUCCUCGAGUGGAGUUACUGUGACCCGCUUAGUCCUAGAGGCCGCGAAGAAGAACCUAGAUCCUCAGGCUUUUAACGACUUGACUACCCAACAUCGAAACACUUUUCGACAUGCGCUGCGAACCAACCCGGACCCGGGCGAUCCACAAGCGAAUCUCAGCUCUCUGCCGGCUUCUAGACUCCCCAAUCGUGAGAUCACUGAUAAACUAGUCGAGCUGUUUUGCGCAAGAGGUCCGUCCCGGUCAUCGCCCAAAACCCGCUGUGAGUCUGACUGAUAGUUUAAACCUAGCACUAUAUCAACUCCCCGUGCUCCAUGAGCCCACGUUUGUCCAAGAUGUAGCCGACGUAUAUGCGGGCUCUGAGGAUCCCUUCAAAAAUUUCCAACUGAAGAUGGUGCUAGCGAUUAGUAUGCAGAAGCUGUCGAAGCACUAUGCUGGUCUUGCUGAUAGCUAUUUCCUCGCUGGCUUGCAGCACAUGGAGGAUGUCCUGGAGGCCAUGGAUCACAGGACACUCCAGUGCUUGCUUGUGAUGGCACAAUAUGCUCUAGUAACCCCCACCCGCAUGGCUGUAGGUAGCCCCCGACACCCCCCCCCCCUUGUGGCCCCAUAUCUGACCAUCGUGGGCAGGUCUAUCACAUAGUUGGAAUUGCGGUCCGACUAUGCAUACAACUUGGGUACCAUCAGGAGCGGACAAUCAUGCUCAGUUCUGCUCCCCUCGAUCCGAUAAUUAAAGACAUGAGAAGAAGGUGGUUUUGGACGUCUGCUUCCAUGGAGUAUGUGAUGCUUGUUAUGAUUCCGCUUUCUCAUUUUUUUUUUUCUUCUUCGAAGCCUCACCGUUCCCAGCCAUCGUGAGGGUGUCACAAACUGACUGAUCGGUAGAUAUGGACUUUCACAUGUAUUAGGCCGGCCGUCAGCAUUUGCAACGGCAGACGCCUUUGUGGACGUUGGAUUUUACGCACCAGUUGAUGACGUAUUCAUAACGGCCGGCGGGAUUCUGCCAGGUCCUAUUUCUGUUAAAAAACUGAUAUCCAUGCAUUUCUUCCGCAUGAGGAGGUUGCAGGCCGAGAUUCGACAAACAUUAUAUCAAAACCCAAGGGAGCACCCGAAAAAUAACAGUAACCCUUGGUUCGCCCAAAUUCAUGCGAAACUUGACAACUGGAGAGCCUCUUGUCCUGCAGAUGAGCUCGGUGGCACUAUGAAUCCAGACUGGUAAGUCUCCUUUGAUCUACUUUUGAUAUCUAUACUAACAUUAGUACGUAGGUUUGAUCAUAGGUAGGUUAGUAAAUCAAUAUGAUAAGAUCCUAUCCUCACUAACCGCGCCACAGGUACCACCUUAUGAUCAUCUUCACUUAUCGACCAAGCCCUCAGAUACCUCAGCCAUCGGCAGAAGCAGUCUUGCACUGUUAUAAUUCCGCUAUAAAAGGAAUUCAUCUCCAAAAGAAAAUGUUUGAAGAAAAGUCAAUUGACUUCACCUGGGUCUACCUUCAUCAGAUCUACACUGCGACCAUCACCCUAAUCUGGACCCUGUAUAACGACCAAAUUCGUGAAAUCCAUCAUCGAGAGGAAGUGGAGCGUAAUCUGGAGAUCAGUCUUUCCUUGUUAACCGUCCUCGCAGAGCGCUGGCCAGGCACAGAAGCAGCGGCAGACCUAUUUGACAGGUUAGGUCAGGCGGCCUUGCAGAGCUACUCCGCGAAUAGUAGACGCUCUACUCAGACUCCUUCUAUCAAGUCGCGUGACUCCCACACCGGAUCCCCGCCAGCAACAAGGGCUAGUUUCUCCCCCCAUAGCCAUUCCUCCCCAUACACGUAUGAAAGUUCGUCCGGCUCACAAUCGGUGGAGGGAACGACACCUAGUCCUGGAACAACUGGAACAGCCGCUUCUCAUGGUGCCUCAUACUCCACUGGAACUCAUUCUACCGAUUACGGGAAUGAGCAGGGCCAUAGUCCUCCAGGGCCAGAGGUGCCCGAAGUCGCAGAUUUCCCGAGAAUAUUCGAUCCUGCUUCAAUGUGUAAUGUUUUCCCAACAAAUAGCAUUCCAGGGCUCUUGGGCGGCUGGGACCCCGCAGACCCUUUUGUUCCCGGCACGGCCAAUACCCAAAAUAUCAAAACAUUGGGGACUAUGGGUGGACGGCCUAUCGGUAUCGAUGCUGCAAAUGUGCUCAAUCAACAACAGCAGCAGGAUGAGCUAUUGAAUAUCCUCCAGGACGAAUCAUUACAGCGAUUUGACGUAACGAGGCAAUGGGUUCCUGAUUACGAGAGCCCACAGUUUUAUUGAUCGUUUGGUAGAGAUUGGUGGUGUCUCUGCCUCUGAUUUCCACUGCGGUUUUCAUUGAUAUCCCCCAUUUUCCCCAUCUCUUGCGCAAACGGCAGAAUGGAUGAUGGGAUUUCGAUACGACUUAUGUAUUUCCUUAACUCUCUGGUUAUUAGGUUGUUAGUUUCUUUAAAAAUUAUCGAAUUUAUUAAAACGAAAGGAAAACGUUUACCUUAACUGC